AGACGAUGACGUCGACGAUCAAAGUUAUUGCCCUUACGUACUUAUUGGUGAUGGAAUCUUUUGUGCACACAAUUUAUGGUAGUAAAAUCAACAAUUUGCAGGGAAAGAACCUAAGAGUGGUCACAGGAAAUUUUCCAGUUAUUCCCAUUGUACUAAACUCUUCUGGCCAUAUUGUUGGACAUUCAGGAUUGCUUUCUAACCAGCUACUUUAUCUAUCAGCGAAGUUAAACUUCACUUUCGAUAUAUUUGCUUCGAGAGAAAACACCAACGGAGUCAAGCAGAAAAACGGAACUUGGAAUGGCAUAAUUGGACAUAUCCUACGAGGGGAAGCUGAUUUGGGUUUAGUACCAUUUGCCAUUACCCUAGAACGCUACGAGGCUAUUGAGUUUAGUGGAAGAAUAGGGGGAGACGGUUCCGGAAUCUUAGUUAAAUAUCCAGAUCCAAGUGUUUCCUUUACUGGGGCAUUUGACGUAUUCUCAGUUGGAAUGUGGAUCGGAUGGAUAAUUUCUGGUCUAGUGAUCGUUGUCAUUUCUAUCAGCUUGGCUUACGUGACGAAACGCCAAAGUUUUGGCGUAGGCGAACAUAACGCAAUACGAGCAGGAACUUUUGCGUGGUAUUUAUUUGGUACCAUGGUUUCUCAAGGAGACUACUGUCGCUUUCGCCAAGCUUCACAGAAGCUUCUCGCUGCGACGUGGUGUCUGAUAGCUUUCGUAUUUGUCAACGUCUACAAUUCCACUUUGACGUCUUACAUGUCGGGUCUAUCCAAGAAAUUGAUCUACAUGUAA